AUGACGCUGCAGAUGGAGCCGCCGGCGCCGCCGCCGAGGAGGUCCGUGUCGACGAGCUGCGACCUGCACCCGGGGGAGACGUUCACGGGCUUCUGCGCCGCGUGCCUCCGCGAGCGCCUCGCGGGGCUCGAGGCGUCUGCCGCCGCGGCCGCCGCGCCGGGCCGCAGGUCCACCUCCGCCAUCCGCUCUCUCUUCUCCAGGCCCUUCGUCGUCGCCGGCGGCGGCGGCGGCGCGGCCCCGUCGGGCUCCGGGCCCGCGCUCCCGGACCUCCGGCGGUGCAAGUCGUUCUCCUGCGGCCGCGGGGGCGACGUGCUCGCCGCUGGUUUCGGAGACGAGCCGCAGCGGCGGUCGUGCGACGUGCGCGGGAGGAGCACGCUCUGGGCGCUGUUCCACCAGGACGACCGCGAGCGCGUCCGCGACGGCACGGCGUUCGGUGCAUUCCCGGCCUCGUCCUCCGCCGCGGCUGAGGUGCUCGCCGAAGUACAGCCUCCACCGCCGCCACCAUGCGUUCCUGAGGUGUUCUUGGAGGAGAUUGCUAUGGCUGAGGAGUCCGACGAGAUUACUCCAGUCGUCGAACCAAUCUUGGUGGUAGACACCUCCGGGGAGAUGGAAACGGAAGUCAAUGUGGCACGGGAGGCCAAGGCCAUGAAGGAUCACAUAGAUCUAGAGUGUUCGCAGGCCAAGAAGCCGCAGCCUAAGGACCUGAAGGAAAUCGCCGGGAGCUUCUGGGUCGCCGCCUCAGUGUUCAGCAAGAAGUGGCAGAAGUGGAGAAGAAAGCAGAAGCUCAAGAAGCAGGAUGCCGCCGGCAGCAAGGCAGCAGCCGCGGCAAUGCCGCCGCCCGAGAAGCGCUCCAAGCCCUCGUUCCUUCGGCGGAGCCGCCUCCGUGGGGAAGGCGGCUCGGAGUUCGCCGGUGGUCGGCGUUCGUGCGAUACGGACCCAAGAUUCUCCCUCGACGCCGGCCGAAUGUCCGUCGACGAUGUAGGCUUCUCCUGGGACGAGCCCCGCGCGUCGUGGGAUGGCUACCUGUUCGGCGCCGGCACUGGCAUUGGCCUUGGGCGCGCGCCCCCGCCGCUCUCCCGCUUGCCGCCCAUCCUCUCUGCGCUGGAGGACUCCCCUGCUGGCAUCGUCGAGCGCUCCGACGGCCAAAUCCCCGUGGAGGACGACUCUCAGCCCGAACCCGAUCCCGACGGCGACACCCCCGGCGGCUCUGUGCAGACGCGAGACUAUUACGACACGUCAAGCAGCCGGAGGCGCCGGAGCCUGGAGCGAACCAGUUCCGUGCGGAGGCCGUCAUUCGAAGUCGCUGACGCAAAGCCAGUGCUCCCGGCCGCAGCGGCCGCCGUGACCAACGGCAAAGAUUCGCCGCUAAUUGGGAGCUCAGAGUUCUACCACUUCCAACACGCCGAAGACCUGCUCGAACACCACCGGUUCAGCACCAGCUCCCUCAUCGAAGACUUCCCCGUGAGCCUGGACGCCGCGUUCCCGGGCCCCGACAAGAAGCCUCGGAGGUGGCGCAAGGCGUGGAGCCUUUGGGGCUUGAUUCACCGCCGUGCCGCCGGUCGCAGGACCGGCGCGUCCGACGUCGCGGACAGGGCCUUCUCCGAGCCGUGGCCGGAGCUGCGCGUUCGCGGGUGCAACGCCAGGAUGCAGCGGUGCAACAGCAACGCCAGCGCCCGCAGCUCGUUCAGCAGCAACAGCGGCGGCGUCGGCAGCUCAAGGCGCAGCUACAUCGACACCAACGGCAACGUCAAACGGCGGCGGGAGGAAUGCGUGCUGGAGCGCAACCGCAGCGCGCGCUACUCGCCGGGGCACGCUGACAACGGCAUGCUGCGGUUCUACCUCACGCCAAUGCGGAGCGCCAGCGGGCGGCGCACCCCAGGUCUGCCGGCCAAAGGUAGUAGCCGGCAACUGAGAUCGCAAUCGUUCGCGCGUACCAUGCUACGGCUGUACUGAGAAACCAGCCGUCUGGUCGGCCGGAGGUGGCCGGUGCACAGCAGUAGUAGUCUAGUAGAGGCUCAAUGCAAUGGUAUAACCAUGUGUAGUGCAGUGCAAUGUUAAUUCCGUUCAUUUGGGGCUUGGAUUGGAUAGAAUGAGGUUUAUCUCAUAAUCGCCAUUAAAUCUCGUCUCGUGCUGUUCUUCCGUGGUCUCCAUGAAUGACAUCGAUAGCGGUUAGUAGCGUGUAGUAGUAG